CUCAUCUAUAUAUCGGGCAUAUGGAUCUACUACCUCCACCUGCACCCACUUCGCCACAUUCAUGGCCCAAAACUUUGGAUCACUUUCUCAAUCCAGCGCCAUAUCUCCGCAUCCGAGGGCAAUUAGAAAGCGACAUCCAGAGGUACCACACGGUAUACGGCAGUGCUCUUAGAUACGGUCACCAUGAAGUCUCCUUCACCACGGCCCAAGCGUGGAAAGACAUCUACGGCCAUGGCCACAGCCAGCUUCCAAGGGCACAAUCUUCUACGCGCAAUGCAAGCAAUAUCAUCGGCGCCAACGACACAAACCAUGCCCGAUAUCGCAAAGCUCUGGCCCACGCUUCCUCACCCAAGGCCCUGCAGGCCCAAGAACUGAUCAUCACCGGGUAUCUCGACCAGCUUCUAGACCGGCUCAGGGAGCUGGCCGACAGGGGACACGAAGCUGAGAUAGGGAAAUAGUACAACCUGACAACGUUUGACCUCAUCGGAGACCUUGCGUUCGGUGGGCCUUUUGGUGGCCUCGCUGGUGGAAAAUAUCACCACUGGGUCUCUACUCUGCUCUGUUCGACUCUAUUAAGGUGAUCCCCAUCAUCAACGCGGCCAAUGCUUGCACCGUUCUCAAAACGGUGCUUGGGCUCCUGCUGCCCUAUUCGCUGCGUACGGCUCGCCAAUGCCAACACCAGGACAAACACGCCAGAUUGGCCUUGCAGAAGCGACUGACCAGGAUCCGCUGCGGGCGACGGCCGACCCCCCCGAGAGGGCGAGGCCUCGCCC